GACCCGGGGCCGCCUCCUGAUGGCGGGAAACGAGCUUGGGCACAGGUCAUCGCCGGCCACAUGAUUGUUCUCAAUACAUGGGGCUACAUCAGCUCAUUCGGCGUAUUUCAGACCUUUUACACCAGCAUGCUGGAUCGUUCGCCAUCCGACAUUUCUUGGAUCGGUUCAGUCCAGAUAUUCCUACUCUUCUUUAUCGGCGUCCUCGCCGGUAGAAUCUCGGACGCGGGCUACUUUAACCAAUUGGUGAUACUGGGUUUUAUCCUGCAGAUGAUUGGCAUCUUCACCACUUCCGCGGCGACGCAGUACUGGCAGAUCUUCCUGGCCCAAGGCAUCUGCAUGGGAUUGGGCAAUGGCUGCCUAUUCUGCCCCAGCUUGGCCGUCGUCUCGACCUACUUUAGCAAGCGGCGGGCGCUCGCGAUAGGCAUCAUCUCCAGUGGCACGGGAGUAGGGGGUUUAGUAUUUCCAAGCAUCGCCCGCCAGUUGCUGCCGUCGAUUGGAUUCGGCUGGACCGUCAGGACGAUUGGAUUCGUCCAGCUUGUGACACUGGGGGCGGCGCUUCUUGCGCUGAAACCGCGUGUCCCGCCUCGAAAGUCUGGCCCCUUGUUUGAGUUUUCGGCGUUCAGGGACGCAGAGUAUUCCCUUUAUGUGUGCGGUGCCUUCUUUUGUUUCCUGGCUCUUUAUUUCGCCUACUACUACGUCGCCUCGUUCGGCCGCGAGAAAAUCGGGCUGAGCUAUGCAGACGGCCUGAAUCUGCUACUGGUGAUAAACAGCGUUGGCAUCACAGGGCGUAUAGCCCCCAACUUCAUAGCUGAUCGGCUUGGACCCAUCACCGUCCUCAUUCCCUUCGCCUUACUUUCUGGGAUUGGCAUGCUGUGCUGGAUGGCCGUCAAAAAUGUCGCGGGACUCUACGUCUGGAUUGCCUUCUACGGAACAUUCGCCGGAGGUGUCCAAAGUCUGGUUCCUGCGGGACUGAGCAGUCUAACUAUUGACCUUCAGAAAGCGGGCGUGCGAUUGGGAAUGAUGUUCACAGUCAUGAGUUUUGCCGCGUUGACGGGACCGCCGAUUGCAGGCCAAAUCAUCUCUGCGGCCCAUGGGGCGUACUUUGGUGCCGAAAUAUUUGCAGGCAUAUCCUUGCUGAUAGGAUCAGCGUUCUUUAUUGCGGCCAAGUGGGCCAAAUGUCGUCGAAUAGAAGGGAGUUCAAUUUGGACGACAAGAGUGUGAGCAGGAAGCUUUGCAGGAAAAUAUUAGAAUUAAUUACAAGACCUAAAAUAGAUACGUUCCAUAUAGAGACGCAAUAGACGCAUAAUAUUAUAUACACAGAGAGCUUACUAGACUUGAACAUUACAUUUUCAUACAAAGAGUAACUGGAACUUUAUGUUUUCCUAGAUUG